UGAGCGGCGAAUCCGACCUGCCCUGAAUCGAAGCUCCCUCACUCCACUUGCUGGAAUUUUGGCUUAUUAUAAAGUUCAAAGAGGUGUUAGAGAUCAGGCUGGAGAGCUAUCACAGAGAUCAAUCCCAACAAUCAUUGAACAACUAUUGAGAACUUAGUUUCAGCAUUUUCGUAACAAUUAAGAAGACCUAAAAGCGUUGUUGGAAGAAAUGGAAGAUGUGGGAGAGGAUUUUGAAACCAGUAAUCAACAAUUAAAUGAUAGUACUUCAGAUUCAGUUGGCGAUCAGCCGGCAGAUCAUUUUGACUUUGGUGGUGAAGAAUGUUACAAUCCAAAUAAAACGAUACAAUCAAGCCGAGCGGUUGUUCUUGAGCAUACUAUCCGAAUCCCCGAUAGUGAGAUUGAUAUCAGCGGAUGGUCACCAUUGAAGGUUCCUGCACCUAUGUUCAAAGUCGACAAAGGAGCUUACAUCCCCAUGAUUGUCUCCAUUGGUCCAUUUCAUCAUAAUGAACCAAGUCUACGAGCCAUGCAAACUCAAAAACGGCGAUUUCUCAAUCGUUUGGUUCAAAACCGAACAGGACAAUCUAUCCAUGAAGAAAGUCUCAAAAAUACCAUGAAAGAAUUGGAAGAAAAGACCAGAAAAUUCUAUGCAGAUGACUUUCAGACCAUAGAACCAGAUGAAUUUGUGCAGAUGAUGCUUCUCGACGGUGUCUUCAUUGUAGAACUCCUACGUUUCUUCGAGAAAGAUAGUGAAGGGGAGCCCCUUUUCAAAACACGUUGGAUGCAGACAAAUAUCUCUCGAGAUUUGCUUUUGCUUGAGAACCAACUCCCUAUGUUUGUGCUGCAGAAGAUUUUUGAACUUACUACCUUGACGGAGGAGCCAACUCUGAACACGCUUGCUCUCAAGUUUUUUGAACCCUUGAGACUUGGGAAGGACAAAUUUGAAGAAAAGAUGUUGAAAAAGCAUGCCACUGACGAAUAUAUACAUCUAUUAGCUUUAUUUCACUUUACCUUAAUUUCAGGGGAUAAAAAAUACCAGCAGCAGCAGCCUGCAAAGAGUGAUCUUAAGCUUCCUGGGAAAGGUUUGGUGCGUAAUGCCAAAACACUUAGUUAUGCUGGUAUCAAGUUUAAAAAAAAUUCUUGUAGCAUUCUCGACAUAGAGCUUACAGGCAAGACGUUAAAGAUUCCGACUAUUGUCAUCGAUAGUUACACUAGCCCUGUGUUGAGGAACUUGAUAGCCUACGAACAAAACAACCGCAAUGUAGAUCCAUAUUUUUGUUGUUUUGCAUUGUUCUUGGAUAGCAUAGUGGAUACGGCCGAGGAUGUCAAGAUUCUUUGUGAUGCUGGGAUUAUCAAACAAGCAAUGGGUAGAAACGAGGAGUUGGCGGAUCUUUUCAACAGACUCACUAAAGAGUUGGUGUUUGAUAUUAAUGAAGAGAAUUGCUACAUGACCAAGGAAAUCGAAAAGAUCAACCGUCAUUGUCGAAUGCACGACAUCAGAGUUCGAAUUGGCCGUCUUCUCACCAGGUUGAAUUACAACGGAUUACUCACCACAUGCUUUAGCUUCUUGAUCACAGUCCUCUUAAUUUAUUUCGAGUUAAGCUCAAAUACUCCGGAUGCACCUCCACCUUCUCCAUGAAAGUUUAUCCGAUGGAGCGAUGAUUGAGUCGUGUUUGCACAUCAUUUAGCUUAGUAUUGGCUUUUCAAUAAAACUAGGAGUGCUCAGAUUCUCGUGUAGCAGUGUUUUUUUUUUUUUAAUUUCUUUUAUCCUCUGUUGUUGUUGAUGUAGGAAUUUAUUUUACACAUUUUCUUAUUUUUAAUUGUUUUCAUUCAAAAUGUUUUG